UCUUAGACGUAUUUCUCCGCACACUUUUUCAGCAAGAACGGCCAUUUUUGUCACAUGUUCAAUUCGCAUCUCACAUGACCUGUUGUUUGGCCCCGUGAUCAACUUUUGCUAUAUUCCUGGCAAAUUCAAACGAUCGUCAAAAAGUCACAUGGAUAUGCUAGAUCAAGCACUGGAAGCAAGUGAACAAAAGAAUCAUGAUUCCAACAAUUCAGAUGAUGUCACUUUAACACACCAUGACCCAGGAGAUCAUGAAGAACAUGCAACAAUAGCAAAUGUACAAACAGUUGGAGGACAAGCUUUAGCUCUGGAUCCAAAUAUUCAGUAUCAGCUCAGGGCUGAUACAGGGCAAGGUCAAGUGACUUACAGAGUAGUACAAGUAGCAGGUGAUGGCAAUGAGACGACAGCACAAGUUGUUGCAAGUAAUGCUUUCCCACAGGUAACUCAGGCAGUCAUACAAAGUCCAUUCAGUAAUGGAGGGAGUCCCACACUUGAAGGACAAGAUACAAAGUUUACAUAUUUCCCUGCUGUCAGUGGGACAGGUGUUGAAGCUUCACAACCUGAGGUCAUCUCAACAGCAGGCAUGGCUGGACAGGUCACUACUGCAGGAGGAUGGGCACAGGAUGGUUCUCUUGGUCAAGGUCAGUUUUAUGUGAUGAUGUCACCACAAGAAGUUCUCCAGGGACAGAGAAAUAUUGCACCUCGCACAGGAUUUGCCACACCUAAAGUUGAAGGGGCAAGGUCAGGGAGAGAUGACAGAAGGAGGGCCACUCAUAAUGAAGUUGAACGACGAAGGAGAGAUAAAAUUAAUAACUGGAUAGUUCAGUUAUCAAAAGUAGUACCAGACUGUUCCUCCGACCAUACAAAACAAGGGCAGGUAACCAAUAAAAGUAAAGGAGGAAUUUUAUCAAAAGCUUGUGAUUAUAUAACUGAAUUAAGAACAUCAAAUGCUAGAAUGGCUGAAAAUUUAAAAGAAUCUGAACGUUUACAAGUAGAUCUUGAACUUCUCCGACAACAGUGUGAAGAACUGAAAAGUGAGAAUCAAAUAUUACGGACACAAUUACAGCAGCAUGGUAUCAUCCCAGACAUUUCUGGAACAGGAUCAUAGUGCCUUAUUAAAGCAUGUCUCAUUUUAUCGCAUUUGAUUGUAAACAAUCAAAAGGGGGCAUGUCAGAACUUCCUUUCUGACAGUAGAUAAUGUAACAUAUGGUAGCCAUUCAUUAUUGAUAACCAUUAGAAAAUAGUUUUCAACCCUUUAGGAGGUUUUUCACAGUAAUUGCAGCUGAAUUCCAGAGCAGAAUCAAAGGGAUACACUGAAAAUAGUUCUAUUCUACAAUCAUAUUGUUUGGUGGUACUGAAUUGUUAUUUUUCACUGGCUUACAUUGUUGCAUGGCCAUUUUAGCAGAAUAUGCAGUGCUAUGGACAAAAUUUCAUGCAAUGUUUGUAGACAGUAGCAUUUUGAGAGGAAUGAUUCUUAUUCCCGUCUGUCUCAGAAGAGGAAAAAUUGUAUGUAGAAAAAUGAAACAUUAUAAUCUUAUGACUAGGUACCACAGUAAAACCUGUUUUAUCCAAACCUAUUUGGGACUUGAGACUUUUUGGGGUUUUAGACGAUGUUCUGUUUUAUCAGGUUCACAACGCUUACAGUUGGUAUGACAUUGUUUAAGAACAUGUUUGGUUGAUACAGGUUUUCGGUUUAGCCAGGUCUCACUGUCUAGGUAUUCAUAUCAGAUAUUUGAAUUAUUUAUAUGUUAUUACAUUGUACUUGUAUAACUUAUUUCUGAUUUUCUGGUUAUUUAAUUAUUUUUUUGAGAAACAAAAUGCAAUAUUAUUUAGAAAAAGUUCAAAAAAAAUAAUAAUUGUAAAAUCAUUCUUCACUAAUGCAAUUUUUCAAAUUAAUUAAAAUCUUAACCAUUAGCUUUGAGAGGGAGAGAGAAAAAAAAUGUUUGUUUAUUGUGCUUUAUACAAGAUAAGUUCUAAAAUUACACAACUUACAAAAACCAGUUGAAGCUUUCUGGGGCCUUGUUCAAACAAUGUAUUGUGCAUAAAACUUUUUAAAGAGACGGGUUUAAACUUUUGAAAAGACAUUUCACAAACAAUUUCAAUGGCUUUACAUGUAAUUUGUCUUUUAAAAAUUAUAUCAACUACUAAAACUUUAAAGUGUCCACUUUUCAAACUUUUUCCUAACUCAACUCUGACAUUGCGUGUGACCUUUCUUUUUACAUUUUAUUCAUCCUCUUAAGGAUGUACUUAGGUGAAGUAAGGUGAAGGGAAUAAAUUAAGAAGUUAAAAUUGAUACUAUAAGCUGGUAGAGCAUCAAUUAAGGAUAAAAAUAAGCUAAAAAUAUUGAUAGGUCAUGGACCAACUUUUCGAGAUAUUUGAGAUUUAAAAUAUGGCGGGAAAAGGCUGACUCGGCAUUUUACCUUAUAUUUGCAUUGGUAUUAUUAAUAUGUCUCAUAGCAAAAGAAAGAAAAUUGAGAAUCUUCUAAAAUUUUGGUAAAAGAGCUAUUUAAUGAGCUAUUACGUCUUAUAUGAAAAAAUAAAUGGGUGUUAUGGGGCAAAAUAUUUUACAUUGUUUUGUAUGGAAAAACACUAAGGAGUCCGAACAUUUGACACAGAUUCAAAACCUCGCCUAAGUACAGUCAUAAUCAAUGGAGGAGAAAACAUUUUUGUUUUAUCAGGGGUACAAAUACAUUCAGUACCUUUUAUAAUUUUACUAUUUAAGUUUGAAAGAGUCAUUAAAAUAAUUAAAAUAUUUUAAUAAAUUUUAUUGAACAAUACAUAUUUUAUUUCACCAAAUAUUUUUCUGAUUAAAUUCAACAACUGAUCACUUUUAAAAGCAUGCAUAUGAGAAGCAGGUUUUCAACAUUUGAUAUAAAAAAAACGAGAAUUGCUUACUGUAAUCACAAUAUUCCCAGCACUUAUAAAGAUAAGAACCCAAAAAUAGAAUCAGAUUAAGAUUAGUAACUUUUCUACCAAUGUAUUUUCUCACUGAUAAAAGAACAUGUUCAUGAUUUCAUAAUUUCACUUGUUAAAACAUGAAGUUGAUACUUUCAUGACUUCUCAUAUAUCAUAAUGAUAAAUGGAUAACAUAUUUAAUUUCUUUAAAUAAAAAACCUGCCUGGUUUGUUUUAUUUAUGCAAUUGGGAAGAUUUAUACCAAUCUGAUUAAAAUGUAUUGUCUUUUAUUCCUGAUGACACAUGUUGCAUGAAAAUCUAUUGAUUCCUUAUACCAUAUAGCGGAUUAUUUUCACGGAAGUAAAAUUUUCGUGACUUUCAUUGAAUAAGGUAUAAAUGAAAUAUUCAAUAACAAUACAUUUGCAUGCACACUUUUAAAUUGGCGGAAUUUAUAUUGCCGAUUUUAUUCUAUCCACAAAAAUAAGUGAAAAUUAACACCGUGCAAAAAUAACCUGCUAUACGGUAUAGGAUGAAAACUUGUUGAUAACAGAUUGGCAUUAAUUUUUUAUGUAUUGAACAUAAAACAGUAACAACUUAGAAUCUACUUUUAAUCAAGUUUGGAAUUAUACACGUAAAAUGUAACUCUUUAUGUUGUGUUUUGUUUAAAUGGCAAGAUUACAUGUGAUCAUGUUUGUAAAAUAUGGCCUUAUCUGUAAAUGUGUAACAUUGUAAAUAUAAAAGAGUUUUUAUGACAAGUGUUAUAUUGAUGUAUAUUUUAUUUGACAUUUUUUAUUUACAUGGAUUACAGUAGAUAGAAAAGUAGAGCAUUGUAAAAAGAUUAUAAUAUUAUAUACUGACUUAUGGUUUCAUUGGAACACUGCAAAAUAGAUAUAGGAAGAUGAUUCUCACCUCUACCUGACCUUGAAAAUGAAAAACGUUUUUCUUCAAUGUAGAUUCCUUUUGAUCUUGCUGACUGACAAUUUCCUUUCUCAGGGAAGUCAAGUGAUAUAAAAAAUCAUCACUGGAAACGAAUGGGGGAACAUGUACCCAUUGUCAAUGAAAUUUACAAUAUCGUCAUAGGUUAAAAAAGCUAUAAACAGGUUAACAUUGGUCAUCUCAACUGGAAUGCGUUUUUUCACUUUCACCAUACCAGCUCAAGCGAGAAAAUCAAUCUCGUGGAGAUUUCCAACAAUAAUCUCUAAAUAUAUAUAAUUGCAGAACAGAGAUAAACUGAUACUGAUUCUUUAGAACCAAAAGUAUGUUUGGUUUUAUUUGUUGCUUGAAUGAAAAUUUCAAAUUCAGUUUGAAUUGUAAAUUUUUUUAUGAGGCUUUACUUAUUUUUAUGAUGGAACGAUAUCCAUAUAUGGUAAGAAAAGAACAUUUAAAAUACACAUGCAUGUAUAUCAUAUAUAUAGAUUUUUAUUUUCAAAUUUCCAGUGGUCAUGAUCAACUGUUAUAUGUUUACAAUCUAAAGCUGAUUUUUUUUAUGCUUUGUUUAUUUAAAUUUUCACUGCCUGAAGAAAAGAAUCAUUGUCAUAGAUAUUAAAGGAACUUAAUUUUAACAAUGCUACAUCAUUUGAAGGUCAAAUCUGUGAGUUGUCAAAUAGCUUAUUUGAAAUGAAAUCCAAAAAUUGUAAAAAAACAUGAUACAGUUCAUUGUCACAGUAUUUUUAGUUCAUCCAAAUUUGUUAUAGAUAUAAAUGCUAAAAAAUGUAAACUAUAAAUACUAUCAUAUACAUUUCAUUAAAUGAAAGUACGACCAAAACAAAAAGAUCUGUGUAUUUCAUUUGCAUAGCAUUUGCUUGAUAUCAUACCAUUUACCAUUUAUUUUUUUGUAACAAUCAGGUUCAUUGCUAUAAAUAAAGUGCAUUGAAUUAUCAUAAUUGUAUGUGUCUCAUAAGUAAAAAAAUACUACAGUUUCAUUGAACUUGAAGAAUUGAGAAGUUAUUUGAUCAUUAUAAUUUAUUUAAUGUAGACUUUAUAAAAAAAAUAAAUGCAAAUUCUUGUCAUAUUCAAACUAAUCAAAUAAAGUAUUCACUUACAGUUUUGGGUUGUUUUUUUUUGUACGAAAUUUAUUUUUCACAAACAUUCUAAAAACCAAAUGCCAAAUCCAAUAUGAAAUUAAUAUUUGUAUCAUACCAUUCCUUAAAAUCAAAAUAAAAAAAAAAGUUAAAAAAAACCCAGCAUUCUGUAUUAUCAGCAUUCACAAAAAAAGUUCUUUCAAGGAAACCUUAAUUCUGAAUAUAUUCAAAAACAGAAAGGAUAGUAGCAUAAUUUCGGAAAUUCAAUUGCAAAUAAAUAUUGAGGUAUUAAUUUUAAAGAUGA